GGAUCUGACACCUUUUCGUAGUGACCCCUUGUUGAUUUCCCUCGGUAAUCCCACUCUUCCUCGCUAAACACUCUCCUUCCUCCCCUCCAACCUUGCCCUUCUCCCCUUUCUCGUUGGUCUCCGAGACGUGCGGGCGAGCUGGCGAUCGAGGCGGAGACGAGCGCGAGGAAGCGGAAGGCAGCCGACGGAGAAGGAGAAGAAGGCGGAGCUGCGGCGGCGGCGGCGGUUGUGAUGGAGAAGCCUCUCUCCGAGAAGGAACCCGCUGUAGGGAAGUCCUUCGGUUCUUGCUCCAACCCUAACCCUAACCCUGGCUCCGUCGCUGCCAUGGAUGAUUUCGACUGGGCCUGCUUCAGGGACGACGACAUCAUGCAGCAGCACUACGCCAUCCGAGCCGAGGAGGCCGCCAAGGUGCCCUUCGUCGGAGAUAAGGAGCCACUCUCUUCUUUAGCAGCUGAAUUUCAGUCAGGCAACCCCAUCCUUCAAGAGAAAAUCAAGCUGCUUGGUGAACAGUAUGGUGCAUUGAGGCGAACAAGGGGUGAUGGAAACUGUUUUUACCGAAGCUUUAUGUUCUCCUACCUGGAGCAUAUUUUGGAGUCGCAAGACAAAGCUGAGGUUGAUCGUAUUCUUGGGAAUAUUGAACAAUGCAAGAAGACACUUCAGGGUCUUGGAUAUGUUGAGUUUACCUUUGAGGACUUCUUUUCAGUAUUCAUUGAGCAGCUGGAAAGUGUUGUGCAAGGAAAUCAAACUUCAAUAAGCCAUGAAGAGCUCUUGCAAAGGAGCCGUGAUCAGACGAUUUCGGAUUAUGUUGUAAUGUUCUUCAGAUUCGUCACUUCUGGUGAGAUACGCAAACGAGCCGAGUUUUUUGAACCAUUCAUUGCAGGCUUAACAAAUUCAACUGUCGAUCAGUUCUGCAAGGCUUCAGUGGAGCCAAUGGGAGAGGAAAGCGACCAUGUGCACAUCACUGCCCUAUCUGAUGCAUUAGGGGUACCAAUACGUGUGAUGUACCUUGAUAGGAGCUCGUGUGACUCGGGCACUCUGAGCAUAAACCAUCAUGAUUUUGUUCCUGGUUCCAAUUCACCUCAUGAAGGCGCUGCCCAGAGUAGUGAAGCCAACACGGGUCAUCCAGUGACUCCUUUUGUGACCCUGCUAUACCGGCCUGGCCAUUAUGACAUUCUCUACCCAAAGUGACGUGCUGCCUAAUGCUUGGCUGCCGAAGGUCAAAUGGAGAGAGGUCAUGGAUAUUCUGGGGCAGUGCCAUGAAGUUUAGGGCCUUUUGUUUUGGAAGGGGCAUUUGGUCCAAUUCUGAACGGUUCUUAUUUUGUUUUUCACGAUCCCAAUCCCCUCACAGGUGAUACAUUUUGUCAACAAAACACAAUCUUUUUUUUCUGAGAAUGUCAAAAAAAACACCACUAUCAGAUGCAAUUGGAGAUUCUUUGAAGCGAGUGUUCAAUGAUGAUUGAUACCUGGCAUACAUGGUUGGGCAAAAAUGUGUCCUCUUCUACUUGUGUUGAACUGUAGAAUUGCCAAUCAUUUUCUAGGGUAUAUUGCGAUGGUUUUUUGCUCAGGUGAUACAUUUUGUCAACAAAACACAAUCUUUUUUUUUUCUGAGAAUGUCAAAAAAAAAACACCACUAUCAGAUGCAAUUGGAGAUUCUUUGAA